AUGUUCCUGCUUUGCCACCUCUCGCAUAUCUAUCGACGCUCUGUGGAGAAUCCCGUGAAGUACCGUAGAGCUGUACCACUGCGACUAAACAAAGCCAACUAUCAACCUAUCGCACGCGCCAAUCUCCGCGCCUAUGUGGCCUCAGCACAUGCGAAUGAUGAUGCUGCUUUCCAGGCCGAGUUCGAAGACAUCGAACAAAGUGUUCCAUCGGAUUGGACUACUCAUAUUGCCAAAUUGCCGGAAAAUAUGAAUAAAAAUCGAUACUCAAAUGUGUUAGCCUAUGAUCAUACGCGUGUUAUCUUACGUGAAGUUGGUCACAAGAGUGACUACAUUAACGCGAACUAUGUGGAUGGUUACCAUCGACGUUGCGCUUAUAUUGCCACGCAGGGUCCAACUCCGUCAACAUUCGACGAUUUCUGGUUGAUGGCAUGGGAACAGGGCUGCAAUGUGAUUGUGAUGAUCUCAAAUUUCAUCGAGCGUGGUCGUGUGAGUUGA